AUGACGACCCGCGAAGAAGAGGACCCCUCCUACAUCGACUACGAGGCCUUCCUCGACCCGGACUUCAGCCCCUCGUCCUUCGCGAACACUCUCGUCCUCGCUACCAACAACCCCAACGACGCGCCCCUCGACCUCUCGACCCCGCUGUCCCGCGUGCUAUUCGAUACCCAGGAGAUCGACUCCCACAUCGACCUCCUCACGACAAAGUCGGCUGCUCCGCUGCUGAAGUACACGGAUGAGCAGACCACCUCGAGCAAGCGCAUCAUCUCGGAGCUCGACGCCCAGAUCAAGAGCCUCAACGACAGCUACAAGCAGCUCGAGAAGGAGGUCACUGACAAGCAUGCCGAGGCCGAGGAGGUGCGCCAGGUUGCCACGCGCCUGUGGGAGACGCUGAAGCUGGGCCGCUCCGUAGGACGCUGCCUGCAGCUGGGGAGGCAGCUCGAGGUCCAGCACGCCGAGAUCGCCGGGACGAGCGUCAGCGCGGCAGCCGCCGCCGCGGGGAAGAAGGAGGACCACCGCGCGCUGGUGCGGUGCUCGCACACCAUCCUUUCGCUGCGGGAGAUACUGGAGAGCACAGCGCCCGGGGAAGAGGGGUACGGGCUCGGCAGAGUCGAUGCUAUCCGCACCCUGCGCGAGUCCAUCGUCGCCCCCAUUGAGCGGUCGGUGAGAGAGACGGCCGAGAAGAUUAUUCGCGACUUUGCGAUCCCGAACUCGGCCACCUUUGCGCAGGGCGAGGAGACGAAAGCGCGCACCGUGUCGGCCAUGAUCACGCUGUUCCUGCUCUCCCCCGCGCCCACCCAGAAGACGGAGCGGUGGACGCCGCUGCUGCUGCUGCAGGCGCUCGAGACCUACUUCCGCUCGGCGCUGCAGUCGUCCAUCGCGUCGCUAUCGCGGUCCCUCGGCCAGCUGCCGACGCUCGAGCGCACCCUCGCGGAGAUCUCGGCACGGUGCCAGAACAUUGUUGCGCUGGAGCUGGUCCUCGAGUCGACGAAGCUGCCGACGCACCCGCUCGUUUCGGCGCCGCAGAAGCAGACCAACAUGCUGCAGCCGCUGCUGGCGUAUCUCGAGACGGGGAGCCUGCCGAGCUACUUUUGGCGGACGAUGGCGGGGAACCUGGGGACGCGGGUGCAGGAGAUUGUCAACCGGGGCGGCGUGGCGGCGCGCACGCUGCGGUCGAACAAGGCGAGCGUCGGCGAGGCUGUGAGGGAGUGUGUUGUAAAGGGAUGUCAGAUGCCGAGCGCCCUCAAGGGGAAGAGCAGAGGAGAAGGGAAUUGGGAGCGAGAGGUUGCCGUCAUGGUCGGGAGCGUGGUGAACAACCUCGGCAGAUGA